UCGUUCCUUCACGCACAAUCAGUCUACUUCCACCAGGGUCACGACUUCUUUGAACACUCCGACUGCUUCCUCAAGCAGACAGGUCUCAAGAUCGCAGCGUUGCGAAACCAGGCGGAAUGUGCGGAGCGGAGGAUGGAGGAGCGACACAGUCUAGUCCAGAAGAAGUCUCAGGUGCUGUCAAUAGCAUCCAGCCCGAAGCAGCGAGGUGAGAUCCGUAUGGAAGGCUAUCUCUUCAAGAGGACUUCCAAUGCCUUCAAAGCAUGGCAUCGACGGUGGUUCACUGUGCAGCACAACCAGCUGGUGUAUAGGAAGCGGACCAAGGACACAGUAACUGUCAUGGAAGAGGAUCUGAGGCUGUGCACCGUGAAGCCAUGUAACGAGAUCGAGCGGCGAUUCUGCUUCGAGGUCGUCUCUCCCACCAAGAGUCACAUCCUUCAGUCGGACACGGACGUGCUCUGUCGGACGUGGAUCGACGCGUUGACUGAGAGCAUUGGCGCAGCGUUCCGCGACACGCUGCAUCCAUCAGAGUCUGCGCCCUCUCUCAGCGCAGCCGCCAAUGCCAAACCAAGCUGCACGCCGAACGGACGUCUGUCGACCAGUGACAGCGACCCAACCCUAGACACUACUGUCUUACCAAAACCAGCGAGAACCAGUCUGUGGCAGCAGGUCAUGUCGAUCCCAGGCAACGAGCGCUGUUGUGACUGCCAGGCGAAUGAGCCGAGGUGGGCCAGCAUCAACCUGGGCACCACGCUAUGCAUAGAGUGUUCGGGAAUCCACCGGUGAGUUUAAUAUGCCCCGAUGCAUCCGAUCUGGCCGUCACACAGAGACUUCGGUACUGUAUAUUACUGUAUGUAAUACUGCUCCGUUCUAUGCUAAUUACACGUAGAAAUACUCUCGCUAAGCUACUGUAAAUUUAUGUAAAUACCUAAUACAGUGGACCCUGGUUUAUCAGAACACUUACAGGCGGAAUUAUUUCCAGCGUGCCUUACGCA